CCCCCCCCCCCCCCCCCUCUCUGGAUUUGCUGCAUCGGCUGCUGUAGCAUCCCCUACCCUCGUGAAUGAGGGAUUGCAGGACAGAAGCUGCGUGCCUCCGCAUCAUCCACACCUCGAUGACCUCGCCCCCACACGUCCUCCUCCUCGGCGCUGCUUGGCAUGAGAUGCAAGCGACCGUGGCCUUAGGAUUUUUGGGGACGUACUGACGUUCGCCUCCAAUGCUAAUGAAGCAUUCACUGACCACUGCAUACCAGGUGCUUGUGUUUUUGCCAACACCAUUGAUCUUUUAUAUUGGAUAAUCACUGUAAUGUUUUGUUUUGUAGAAUGUACACUUUAAAUCAGCAUGUUGAAUGUGCGGAUAUAUCUACACACAAGCUUUGGUAUACUUGUUCUCUGCUUCUAUUCUAAAUUAAUUCCAUAUUUCUUCUCUUAUCUAUACAACUAAAAAGAGGCUAAGGGUGACGUUUUUCUUGGUCUUUCAUCCCCUGUCUGAGCGGCGCCCUAUGGUCCUUCGCCGUCCGUCCUCGGGGAAACGAGGAGCGUCUGAUCGUCUCCCGUGCAAUCUGAGCGCUCCCACACCCUCACCUGACCAGCCUCCCACACAGCAUGCCGCCUUCCCCAUCGGCUCCGCCCGACGCUCUCCCCCUCACAAACAUUUUCUAACCUGCCUUGAAAGUUCUUAGUAAACAGCUUAGUUUUUGUAAUGUUGGUGGAUAUUUUGCCAAAAUAACCAAAUCGAUCUAUCUUAUUCCUUUUCUAACAAACCAAAUCCAUCUAAUCUAAUCUGACAGGUACUGUUCAUGUGGUACUGUUCCGCGUGGGCCCUUGGGCUGUCUCCACCUGCCAUCUCGGUGGCAGCUGCCCAUGACAGUUUUAAUGUACCAUUUAUUUGUCUACAAGCCUGUUACCAUGUAAUAGACGUAUUUUUUUAUGGGCACCAGUAACAUAUGUCAAGUCCAGGAUUAGCUGUCGAUUUUCCUGUUUGGGUUUACCGUUUAUUUUGAUGUUGUCUACUACAUUAAAGUAGAGUGUGCUCACUAACCUUCAUAUCAUAACACCAGAGAUUCAACAUAGAAAUGUGAUGUGGGGGUUCUAUUUUCUGAAAGUAAUAUUUAUUUAGAUUUUUCUUCUAUAUAUUGAGAAGAAUGGUUAUGAUCAUAGGCUUAAUUUAUUUUUAUAACCAUAAACCAUUUAAUAACUAACCUAAUAUACAAAAAGAUGAAUACUUGCCUUGGAAAGUUACUCGCGCACGCACUGCUCCAGACCUGUGGACGCGGCUCCGCAUGUCCACGACUCGACAUUUCCGCAGCAACUCUGUUGGUCUACGCGCGUUCAUGCAUCCGCGACGCGCACACACUGACGACUGACUCAAGCACGCCAGGAACACACCCAUGGCUCGACACACGCACACACAGCCAUGUCAAGAUUAUUGCUAACACGCGGAGCCCGCGCUGCCGGAGAACGGAGGCGGCGGAGGUCGGAGGUACCAAGCGACGGGAAGGUUCGGUUCGAUCCUAGGUUCAACGGGUCACGACCCUAUCUCUCCCUCAAUCGUUUGGGUUCGGUUGGACUUGACCCGUUUCCAGAUUACAAGAGCGGACCGUGUUCGAGAGAGGUUCGAACCGCACCCCUUGCACCCAUACAUGGCGAUGUACUCGGUGACAGCGCCGGCGUCGGCGCCGACUUGCAUGGUGAUGCUGCUAGACUGGGACCCCGGCCCGGAGCUCAUGCAAAGGGCCAGCGGGUGAUCCUGCUCCCAGCAUGAGUGGCCGUGCAGUCAGGGUGGCACAGAUGAGGGGCAUACCUAAAGCGGAUGGGAGAGCAGCAUGGGUGUAAGUAAAGCUUGGAAGCCCAGGGAAGUAGACAUGCUCAUCGUGUGUUUUGCUUGCAGUUUAGUUUUCUAAAAGCCAUUUGCAGAGUUCUGUAAUAUGAUGCCCAUGCAUUUGCUAAACCUUGCAAAAACAGAAUUGGACCAAACUAUAUGCUAAAUCGUUCAGUUACUGCUGUCUUUGCACACUGUUUCUGCAUUUUGCCAUUCCUUUCAUAGGCAGUAGGCACUGUCUUGCCAAAGCCCUCCUUCCAUAGGCAGUCUUGCUAAAAGCCCAAACGUUGCUGGCUAGUGGCUGGUCGAUCGCUUCUGGGCUUCUGGAAUUGUGGCUGGUCGAUCGCUUCUGGGCUUCUGGAAUUGUGGCUUGCAACUUAAACACACUUCAAAAUUUUUUGGACCUACAAUUGCCAAAAGCCUCUUCUUUCUUUGCCAAAAAGUAUGUCUUUUUUCUAAUUCAAGAGCUACACAUAUCACAGUACAUGUUCAUAUGUUUAAACUUCCUGUGUUAGUAUACACGCAUGUACCGACUUCCUUGUAUGUUGUUUUGCCGCAAUGCUAAUUUUACUUUUUUUUAUGAAUUGUUUAGUUAUUUUAUUGUUUAUAAAUGCUCAGCUUUCACAUUUAUUAUUCUAGCUAACCUUCCCUUUGUUGCUGAGUGAGGCAGAAGCUGCCUUCCCUUUUAAAAUGAGUCUCAGCCGCUGUAAUGCCACCUGCCCCUCCCCUCCCCCUACCUUCCAUUCAUAGAUUACAAAAAAUGGUUUAUAUAUAUUUUUUUAUUCUAAGUAAGGUGUUCAAGUACUUGUGGAUCUUGCCCGGGCAGCAAAUGAUAAAGAUGACAGAGUUAAAAAUAUUGUCAGAGAAAAUAUACAGAAGUUGUCCAGGAAAGAAAAAAAUGAAUUGCAGGAUGGUUACUGUGAAGGCUUCACUUUCAUUUCCAAUGCUGCUCGAUGGGGGCAGCAGUUUCUUAUGGAAAUAUUAGUGGUGGAUUGUAAUCUUGACCCCAAAAAACCAGAUCUUCAUUACGGUAUGGCUUGUCUCUUCUUUUGUAUUGAAGUUUAGUAAUUCCAUGCUGCUGCUGGUGUAAAUAUUUCCAUAAUUGUAAAUGUGCAUUUGUUUUUGCAGGUAUGACUCCACUUCACCAUGCAGCUGCAUGUGGGCAAACAGAAAUGGUUAUGACUCUAGUAGAAACAUACGAUUGUCCACUUUAAACUAUUGAUGACUGCAAUUCGACUCCACUCUGUCUUGCUAUCAUGAACGGUAAAGUCGAUACUGCUAAAACCCUCAUUGAUCUUGGUGCUCAACUGGACGUGGAGAACAUUUAUGGUACACCGUUACAUAUUGCUGGAUUUGGUGCGAACCUUGAUGGAGUGAAGCUGAUGUAUGAGAAGUAUCCUGAGGUAUGCCCCUCAUCUGUGCCACCCUGCCUGCACGGCCACUCAUACUGGGAGCAGGAUCACCCGCUGGCCCUUUGCAUGAGCUCCAGGACGGGGUCCCAGUCUAGCAGCAUCACCAUGCAAGUCGGCGCCGACGCCGGCGCCGUCACCGAGUACAUCGCCAUGUAUGGGUGCAAGGGGUGCAGUUCGAACCUCUCUCGUACAUGGUCCGCUCCUGUUAUCUGGAAACGGGUCAAGUCCAACCGAACCCAAAUGAUUGAGGGGGAGAUAGGGUCGUGA